CAUGUCUGUCUCUCCAGGGUCACUGGUGGGGAGCUGUUUGAAGACAUUGUGGCCCGGGAGUAUUACAGUGAAGCUGAUGCCAGCCACUGUAUCCAGCAGAUCCUGGAGGCUGUGCUGCACUGUCACCAGAUGGGGGUGGUGCAUCGUGACCUGAAGCCUGAGAACCUGUUGCUGGCCUCGAAGCUCAAGGGCGCUGCUGUGAAGCUGGCAGACUUUGGCCUGGCCAUAGAGGUUGAGGGGGAGCAGCAGGCAUGGUUUGGGUUCGCAGGGACACCUGGAUACCUCUCCCCAGAAGUGCUGCGGAAGGACCCGUACGGGAAGCCUGUGGACCUGUGGGCCUGUGGCGUCAUCCUAUAUAUCUUGCUGGUUGGGUAUCCCCCAUUCUGGGACGAGGACCAGCACCGCCUGUACCAGCAGAUCAAAGCUGGUGCCUAUGAUUUCCCAUCACCGGAAUGGGACACCGUCACCCCGGAAGCCAAGGACCUGAUCAACAAGAUGCUCACCAUCAACCCGUCCAAACGCAUCACGGCCGCUGAAGCUCUCAAGCACCCUUGGAUCUCGCACCGCUCCACCGUGGCCUCCUGCAUGCACAGACAGGAGACCGUGGACUGCCUGAAGAAGUUCAACGCCAGGAGGAAACUGAAGGGAGCCAUCCUUACCACUAUGCUGGCUACCAGGAACUUCUCCGGUGGGAAGAGCGGAGGAAACAAGAAGAACGAUGGGGUGAAGGAAUCUUCUGAGAGCACUAACACCACCAUCGAGGACGAAGACACCAAAGUGCGCAAACAGGAAAUUAUCAAAGUGACAGAACAGCUGAUCGAAGCCAUAAGCAAUGGAGACUUUGAGUCCUACACGAAGAUGUGUGACCCUGGGAUGACAGCCUUUGAACCCGAGGCCCUGGGGAACCUGGUCGAGGGCCUGGACUUUCACCGAUUCUAUUUUGAAAACCUGUGGUCCCGGAACAGCAAGCCCGUGCACACCACCAUCCUGAACCCUCACAUCCACCUGAUGGGUGACGAGUCGGCCUGCAUCGCAUACAUCCGCAUCACUCAGUACCUGGAUGCGGGCGGCAUCCCCCGCACGGCCCAGUCGGAGGAGACGCGCGUCUGGCAUCGCAGGGAUGGCAAAUGGCAGAUCGUUCACUUCCACAGAUCUGGGGCGCCCUCUGUCCUGCCCCAUUGAAGGACCAGGUCAGGGUCCCUGCGUCGUCCUUGCUUCGCAGAGAUCCGCUCUUUGUCCGUGGAGUGUGGCUGCUGGUUCUCUCUUAGAUUUUGCUGGAAUUCUCCCUGUUGUAUCACCUCACCAUUGCCUCCUCUGUACCUGCAUUGUGAAAACCUGCUUGUUCACAGAAAUCCUCACGACAUCACAACGAAUGGCCAGCUCUCCCCGGCUCCAUUGCCCACGCUCUUCCUGCCAGUGGGAACCUUCUUCAGGCUCGAGUACCCAGGGUGCUGGCCCGGGGAAUCCCUACUUCCUACCCACUGUUGUUGGUCUGGGCCUAGCUUUGGCUAUAGAUGUAGAGGCCCCAGUUGUGCAUUUGGAAGGAAGUGAGGAAGAGGCGGGCAGGUCAUGUCAAGGGUCUUUCUCCUCAAUUCCUUCUCUUCCGGGGUCCCUGGGGAAGCCCAGAUGAGACCCUCGGUCUCCAGUCCAACUCUUUAUGAGGGAGAGGAAAAGAGGAAACAGAGCCAGGACCUGCUGCUUUCAUCUGCUCCCCUCUGUGCUGGCCUUUGACCUCACAGUGGGGGAGGGGUGGACUCUCCUGUCCAGGUGCCCCACUCGCUGCCUCAGUCCUCCUGUGAAGUUUGUCUCCAGUGUUGACCCACCCGCCCUGCCCUUCCGCCAUCCUUGGAGAAUUCCAGCCUCAUCUGUCUGAGAGGCGAUCUGAAGGUGUUUCAGGGGCAAAGCAAGCAGCAUUUAGGUAUCACUUCUACUUGGACGCAUGCCUUUUUACAGCCAAACUUUCCGUGUAUUUCGUAAAUGGAUCUUGCGUUAACGGACAUUUAUGUGCUAACUAGACCUCUCAAGUUAUUGUAAAGAAGAGUCGGAUG